AUUAGCAGCCGUGAUACCCACAAGAUCCUCUCUUGCUUCUCCUCCCUUUUUAAAACCUGGGGAAAUGGCGUUCCCUCGUUGCAGCUCGACGUACUUCCCAUGUCCUGAUACGCGUACGAAUCCGUACGACGCGAGGCACCAUGGUUUGCCUCCGUCUUGCACCGUUCACCCUCUUCGUGGGGCUUCCGGCAAGCCGGAGGAGUCUCAAGCUCGCAGGGUGCACAGUGCGCCGAGCGAGGAGCGUGCCGUCCGCGGAGGCGAAGGCGGUGGGCGAGAUGGCGGGGCCUGCCAGCGCCGCCGCCGAGGUGCGGCAGUCCAUCGACGCCCACCUCCGGCAGCUCGCGCCGGGGAAGGUGUCCGAGGACGACCGCCUGGUGGACUACGAGACCCUCCUCGUCGCGCGGUUCUUGGACAUCCUCCAGGACCUGCACGGCAGCGACUUCAGACAAGUGGUUGAGGAGUGCCUGAGGCUGUCUGGUGAGUACCACAGCGACGGCGACCCAGCGAGGCUGGACGAGCUCGGCGCGCUCCUGACAAGCCUGGACGUGGGCGACGCCAUCAUGGUGGCGAGCUCCUUCUCGCACAUGCUCAACCUGGCCAACAUCGCCGAGGAGGCACAGAUGGUGUACCGCAAGAAGGCGGAGAAGGACCGGCGCGGCGGCUUCGCCGACGAGGCCUCGGCGUCCACGGAGUCCGACAUCGACGAGACGUUCCAACGGCUGGUGGGCACCCUCGGCAAGACGCCUCGGGAGGUGUUCGACGCGCUCAGGAGCCAGACCAUCGACCUCGUCCUCACCGCGCACCCCACGCAGUCCGUCAGACGGUCGCUACUUCAGAAGCACGCGAGGAUUAGGAGCUGUCUGACGCAGCUCUGCGUCGAGGGCACCGCCGAGAACGAGCGGCAGGAGAUCGACGAGGCCCUUCAGAGAGAGAUUCUUGCGGCUUUCAGGACGGACGAGAUACGGCGGGCGCAGCCGACCCCGCAGGACGAGAUGCGGGCGGGGAUGAGCUAUUUCGACGACACCAUCUGGAACGGCGUGCCCAAGUUCCUCCGGCGCGUCGACACGGCGCUCAAGAACAUUGGCAUCGACGAGCGCCUCCCCUACAACGCCCCUCUCAUCCAGUUCUCCUCAUGGAUGGGCGGAGACCGCGAUGGGAACCCGAGAGUUACUCCUGAAGUUACGAGGGACGUGUGCUUGCUGGCCAGGAUGAUGGCUGCGAACAUGUACUUCUCCAAGAUGGCGGAUUUGAUGUUCGAGCUUUCUAUGUGGCGCUGCAACGACGAGCUUCGAGGCCGCGCCGACGAAUUGCACCGGCAGUCUUCGCGGAAGUACGCCAAAUACUACAUUGAGUUUUGGAAGCAGAUUUCUCCGCGAGAACCUUACCGGAUCGUACUCGGCGAUGUGAGGGACAAGCUGUACAACACCUGCGAGCGUGCUCGGCAGAUCUUGUCGCACGGAGUUUCUAACAUCCCAGAAGACCAGACUUACAUCAGUGUCAAGCAGUUCUUGGAGCCUCUUGAGCUGUGCUACCGAUCGCUGCGCGACUGCGGCGACAAGCUGAUCGCCGACGGCAGUCUGCUGGACUUCAUGCGCCAGGUCUCCACCUUUGGCCUCACCCUCGUCAAGCUCGACAUCCGGCAGGAGUCUGAGCGCCACACCGACGCCAUGGACGCGAUCACCACGCACCUCGGCAUCGGCUCCUACCGGGAAUGGCCCGAGGAGCAACGCCAGGAAUGGCUUGUCUCGGAGCUUCGUGGCAAGCGCCCGCUCUUCGGGACCGACCUGCCGCAGUCCGACGAGGUUGCCGACGUGCUCGGCACGUUCCGCGUCAUCGCUGAGCUCCCCGACGACAGCUUCGGCGCGUACAUCAUCUCCAUGGCCACCGCGCCGUCCGACGUGCUCGCCGUCGAGCUGCUGCAGAGGGAGUGCGGCGUCAAGAGGCCCUUGAGAGUCGUGCCGCUGUUCGAGAAGCUCGCCGACCUUCAGCAGGGGCCCGCCACCAUGGAGCUCCUCUUCUCCAUCGACUGGUACAAGGAACGGAUCGGCGGCAAGCAGGAGAUCAUGAUCGGGUACUCGGACUCCGGGAAGGACGCCGGCCGGCUGUCCGCGGCGUGGCAGCUGUACAAGGCCCAGGAGGAGAUCGUGGGCGUGGCGGAGCGGCACGGCGUGAAGCUGACCAUCUUCCACGGGCGGGGCGGCACCGUGGGACGUGGCGGCGGGCCGAGCCACCUCGCCAUCCUGUCGCAGCCGCCGAACACUGUGAAUGGCUCGCUCCGCGUGACCAUCCAGGGCGAGGUCAUCGAGAAGUCGUUCGGCGAGGAGAACCUCUGCUUCCGGACGCUGCAGCGGUUCACGGCAGCGACGCUGGAGCACGGCAUGAACCCGCCGGUGUCCCCGAAGCCCGAGUGGCGGCGCCUGCUCGACGACAUGGCCGCGGUGUCCACCGAGGAGUACCGGUCCAUCGUGUUCCGAGAACCGCGCUUCGUGGAGUACUUCCGCUCCGCGACGCCGGAGACGGAGUACGGGCGGAUGAACAUCGGCAGCCGGCCGUCGAAGCGGAAGCCCGGCGGCGGCAUCGAGUCCCUGCGCGCCAUCCCGUGGAUCUUCGCGUGGACGCAGACGCGGUUCCACCUCCCCGUGUGGCUGGGCUUCGGCGCCGCGUUCCGUCACGCGGCGCAGACCGCCGACGGCCUCGCCACGCUCCGUGAGAUGUACGACGAGUGGCCCUUCUUCCGUGUGACCAUCGACCUCCUGGAGAUGGUUUUCGCCAAGGGCGACCCCGGCAUCGCCGCGCUCUACGACAAGCUCCUCGUCCCCGACGACCUGCGCCCGUUCGGCGAGCAGCUGAGAGCCAACUACGCGGAGACAGAGAGCCUGCUCCUGCAGGUGGCCGGGCAUUCAGACCUCCUGGAGAGCGACCCGUACCUGCGACAGCGGCUGAUGCUGCGGGACUCGUACAUCACGGCGCUGAACGCGUGCCAGGCCUACACGCUGAAGCGGAUCCGGGACGGCAGGUUCAGGCCGGCGGCGCGCGGGGCGCCGCUGUCCAAGGAGCUGCUGGCGUCGACGUCGACGGCGGAGAGUCUGGUGAAGCUGAACCCCAGCAGCGAGUACGACCCCGGGCUGGAGGACACGCUCAUCCUCACCAUGAAAGGCAUAGCCGCGGGCAUGCAGAACACCGGCUAAUUGGCUACUUGCGGUCGCUCGACGCUCGCUGGCGAUUCUAAUCUUGACUAUACACGUGUCCAUUGCAUGUACGUGACCUGUGAUUGGCAAGCUUUUCUGAAUAAAAGGACGGUGAAAAAAAAAAUGAUUGUAGAGUGGCAACGCAUCACACUGUUCGUCUCUUGGUGGUGACUGGUGAGGUCAGGUCAAGAACAAAUCGUGCUGUUCACUUGUUC